UGACCCAAAUAUAUUCAUCAACACUCAUUCGUCAACAUCACAUGAAAAUAUAUUUAUUAAAAUGUCAGGAUUUUCUGGAAUAUUUACGAAAAAACCAACUGUUCAAGAGCAAGUGCGGGCCAAUGACAGAAUAUUAAGAAAGCAAACCAGAGAUUUAGACAGAGAUAGAAAUGCUUUGGAAAGAGAAGAAAAGAAAAUUGAAAUGGAAAUAAAAAAGGCUGCAAAAGCUGGGAAUAAACAGGCAGCAACAAUUCUGGCCAAGCAGUUGAUAGCCUUACGGAAACAGAAGACAAAAAGUUAUGCCAUGGGGUCUAAGAUCUCAUCUAUAGGCAUGCAACAAAAGGUUAUGCAUUCAAAUAUGAAAAUGGCAACUGCAAUGGGCACAACCACAAAGACCAUGACCCAGAUGAAUAAAGUCAUGGACCCUAUGAAGACAGCUGCUACGAUGAAAGAUUUUGAGAGGGAAUCUGCAAAAAUGAGCAUGACUGAAGAAAUGAUUGAUGACACAUUAGAUGAUAUUUUGACUGAAUCUGGAGAUGAAGAAGAGCAAGAUGCUAUUGUAAACCGUGUCUUAGAUGAAAUUGGUAUUGAAAUCUCAGGAAAACUUGUUGAUGCACCAUCAGCACACAGAGGAAAACUAGGAGAGUCAUCUAGUAAUGCUGAUGCUGAGAUAGAAAGACAGUUAGCGGCUUUAAAAAGUUUAGAUUAGUAGUUCCAGAAAAAAACAACUGAUAUUUAGUUUACUUUCAACUUGUAUAAAUAAAACAGUGAGCUUAUUAUACUUGAUAAAAUUACUUCUAGUGGUUUCUGUGGAAAACAUAAUGUACACUUUCUCAAAAUUGUAUGGGUACAAACCGCUUAUUAUCUAACAUUUUUAUAGGAAGAUCAAACUUUCAAUCCUUUUUGAAAAUCUCUUGUACAUUCUCUGAAGCAAUGCUUUCUUUUUAAGUAAAAUGUGAUAAGAUCUUUUUUCUUCUAUGUACCGGUACACAAAGUGCUAUCCCAAACAGUGAUAAACUUGACUGUAAAUAGUUCUUAUAGAACUGCCUCAUUCACAGGUUUUUCAUGGAGCUUGAAGAUGCAAUGGCACACUGUUGGAAUACUUGAGCAGCCUUAGCUACACUACUACAUUUUUUCAUUAUCUGACAUGGUCUAAUUACUUUUCCAUUGGGGUUCCAGCAAAGUGCCUGUCUGGUGACAUCUACUCUUUUGCACAAGGUGCAUUUAUCUCACUUCUAACUAAGCUUUUAUGUUAAUGAUUCCAGUAGGGCUGUUUUAUUGCUUGAAACAAUUCAACAUUUUUUUUUGUGGUCAAUUGUGUUUUUAAAUUAUAAGCUAAAGAAUCAUGCACAUAUUAUAUAAAACAAAGGUGGGGUAGUGUUUUAUCAUUUGGUUGUAUGGAAAGAGGUGAUGGUCAAGAGUCAUGUUUUAUAACACUUUCAUUUUUAGCCAAUUAAUUUUUUGUUAACGAAUUCUCGCUGCUGAUUUUCUGUUUAACAUUUUGAAAUAGUUGACUACACACGGAUGCUGGUCUUGUAGUAAGGACUUGCAGGGCCUACUUAUUAUAAAAUACUUCAUGAGCAAUAACAUAUUUUCUGUGUUAUGUAAUAUGUGCAUGAAGUCCUGAGAAUUCUUGUCUAAAUAUAUAAUGUUUUAAAAUUAAAUUUCAAUUGCUAGCAUAAAAAAUUUGUAUUGUCUAUUAUGUUGAACAAAUAGAUAAAAAUCAAAUUGACUUGGUGAUGUUAUUUAAUGAAUAAAUGGACAUUUCUUAAUUUUGUGAGAUUGGUGUGGUUUUCCAUUGUACAUAUUCUUGUGUAAAAUAGUUUGUAAGUAUUUUUGAAGAUCAUAUCAGGCAUGUUUUGAUAAACAGUCUUUCUUUCUACAAGGUAACCAUAUUGAUCAUGUGUAUUUAUUCCUUAAUUUAAUAUUUACACAAAUAGGUUUGGGAACAGAAAUUUUAAAAUGUGUGAAUAGUUAGUACCAGUAUCACAGUUAUUAUGUGUAUCAGCAAUUGGUGGUUGUCUUCACAAUAAAGCAACAACUUGAAAGAGUAUGUCUUGUAUGAUGGCGUUUUAGUUUUUAGGUUGUAAUUGUAAAGGUUAUUUUUAGUAUGUUUGAAUAUUCCUCCAAUAAUAAAAUCAAAACUGA